ACGGUUCGGUCGUGUCGCGCGGAUGUAUUUACAUCGCGGUAACUUAAAUUAACGAAAUAUUUAGUGAAAUCGUGUGAAAACCUGCGGGAAACUGCGAAAAUCGUUGUCCAAUUGUACCACGGUUACUAUGCGUCGACAGCGUUUCCAGUGGGCCCUCCACGACUGGUGCCGCCAUUAAAGAGACAGCGAUUAAUGGCGACAUCACCACGCACCAACAAAUCCAAUCAACCGGCAAAGACCAAGGAGAUACCACCUGUCGAUCAGCUGAAAAUCUACAGUAAUCCGGAUAUUCUCAUAUGUGGCAACUGUCGCGAGAUGUUCACCGACCUCCACGAACUGCUGGACCACAAGAAGGCGUACUGCAAGCUGCGUUUCACCUGCAAAUGUGAUAAUCUAGGCAAAAACAAAUCACCAAUUGAUGACAAUUCAGCGGCGGCUCUGCUCUGCGUUCAGUGCAAAGACGCUUUUCAAAACGCCUGGGACCUGAUGGUUCAUGCCCAGGCUGCACACAUGCUAAACAUCUACGAACUGGGUGUUCCCACGUCGAUGGAGAACUGCGGAUCACCGCCUAUCUCACCACGGGAUAACAGCACCCCAGAUAAGGAUAAAAACGAAGCGAGUCUCGAAGGUGAGGAAGAAAACGGACACGACAACGAUCACGACUUCAUCGAGAAUGGCCGUGACACAGCCACACCGGAUUCGGGCCACUCGCGUACUGAUAAAGAACUCGAGGACCUGAUGGACGUGGAGGCGACGGCGAAGACAUGCAUCAUGCAUGCGUUGAGUAUUGUCAGUGCGCCUGCUACAGGGGGAGCGCAACAGCCAGUGGCGGCAUCUCCGCCACCUUUGGCUGCUGUAGCGCCACCUGCCGGUGGUGAGUGGAAGCACACUCGACUGUCGCCGAAGGUACGCCACCAGCCGUACUAGACGCACACGCGCGCGCGCUAAUAUUCAGCAUCCUACCGACAAUCGCGUCUUGCGGCGUGUGUAAAACUCUUGAUUUGAGAGGCAGGAGACGAUAGAAACUAAAUAAACGCCGACGGUGAAUAAAAGAGUAAAAUUCAGCUACGUAUAGUUUUAGUUUUAGCUUAGAUUAUGUGAAGGUAAAUUUAAAAAGAUUGUUUUUAUUACAUUUUAGGCGUAUUUAUUAUAUAUUGAAAACAGAUUUUUUUUUCGGAGAAAAAUGGCGUAUUCUAACGUUAGCGUACUUAUUUCUUUCUCUCUCUAUCUCUCUCUCUAAUUACACUAAUUAUAGCCGUGUAUAUAAAGUAUCAGUAUAGGUGCAUAACGUUUGGAGUAAGGAAAAAUCACAAAAACGAGGAAAUUUCAAGCCGAAAAUGUACUUUUUACUGAACAAAACAUGGAAACAAUUUGACAUAUCAUAUAAGUAAAGAGCAUGUGUUUUAAUUAAAGUUAUCAAUUAUCAUUUAGAGGUGUUGAUGAAUGGAUACCAAAACAACCAUCAAACAAACAAAAAUGAAACAUAUACUUACAAAUAUUUACGAGUAAGUAUAAGCGAGUACAUUAUAAGCAAUGCAGCUGAUAAUGAUAACGAUGGAUGAAAAAUUGAUUCAGUGAGCGUAGACGCAGGCGUAAUUUAUGAUUAGCUAGUGAUAUGAUUACACGAAGAUGACAACAACGGUGUUGAUAUAAUUAUAUUUAUAUUUAAAAUUAUACGCUAAGAUUCUAAGCUAAACAGAGGAAAUGUUUUACGUAACAUUAUUAUAUUUAAGACCAACUAAAACCACAAGGAAAAAGAAAACAACAAUUAUUAUUGAUGAAUUUUUCGAUGAGAAAGAGUAGCAGAAUGUUUCAAGUGUAACAUGAAAAAAAAAACAACAAAUUAAACUAUUAAACGACGAUGCGAUGUAAAAUCGAUUAAACUAAAAUUAAAUUAAAACACUAAAUGAGAAUGUUUGUUGCCUAAAUGUAUAAAAGUAUAAAAUAACUUAAUACUAAUUGAAAGUUUAAAUUGACAUUUUGAAAACAUUUGCGUUGUUCGAUUGUGUGCAUUGGUUGAAUAUUUCUAUAGCUUUUGAGAACCGAAAAUCGUUGUUAACAAUCAGACAGAAUAAUAUUGACACAUACAAUUAACAAAUCCAUUGAUUGCAUUGUAAUUACUUGUAGUUAUUAAUAGGAUUUAUAAAUUUGUUUUGUUUGAGUUGAGUUCUCAGCGCUUUUAUGUGAUUUAUUUCUGUUUUUGACUAAAAAUAUUUUAUGUUUAGAGGCUGGGAUAAAGCACGACCAUGUUGUUUGACCUUUUCGUUUUUAAUUCUUAUUAAAUUAUUAAUCCAUGUAAAUGUAAAAAAUAUCUCUCAUAUUGUAUUAGUAUAAUUAUGAACAAAAAUAUAUGUCCUCCAUUAUAA